AGGACCUCCUAGUUUAUAUCUGGUAGGUGGCCUGCAAUUCCCCGAGGACUGAGUACAUGUGGGAAGGGCGUCUCUCUCGAAAUCUUAUCAGAUCCGAGGCCGAGGCCGUGAGAAUAUGAAAACGCCGGCCCCACGAGCGUCACGGAAGCCGAACGGUCCACCUCGAAGACCGAGCAAAAAAGCAAGGGCGCGGUUGACUCAAUGUCCGAGAAGAGCAUUUUCGUAUGUAUUAAUUCAAAGCCCCCCUGAAAGAGGGAUUUUUUUUCCCUUUUCCCAAGUCAUUUCACUUACGCAAUUCCUACUUCUCUGCCAAGUCUUCGUGAUUGUGUUUCGCAAGCUACCUGAGCCGAUCGUCGGACGCGCAGUGGGGAUUUUUGCCGAGAGAAAUUAUCUGAUCCGAAAAGUAGUGGGGAGCAAUGCAACAAUGUAGAGGUACAAAGCGGCGGGGCAGAGUAGGGGCGUGUAUCUUGGACGGUCGAGGGACAUCUGUGCAACAAAACGGUACUUGCGCUGAGCUUUUUGCGGUCUCUGUUCUCACGACAUCCCGGUGGCAGCAGCAACAGUGGAUAUUCCCGGCCUUGACAUGAUGGCACCUCCA